AUGCAACAAUUGCUCCCUGUGGCAAUUCGUUCUGUUUUGGAGAAGCCUGCAAGGUAUGCAAUAACUCGUUUGUGCUUCUUCUUCAAUGCUAUAUGUGCAAAGACUGUUGAUGUUUCCAAGCUAGAUAAGUUGGAAGAAGAUGUAGUAGUUACUUUGUGUUUGCUUGAGAAGUACUUUCCCCCUUCAUUCUUUGAUAUCAUGGUUCAUCUAGUAGUACAUCUUGUCAGAGAAGUUCGUCUGUGUGGGCCAGUAUAUUUUAGAUGGAUGUAUCCGUUUGAAAGAUAUAUGAAAGUGCUAAAGGGGUAUGUUCAGAAUCGUACUCGUCCCGAAGGUUGCAUUGCUGAGCGGUAUAUAGCUGAAGAAGCUGUAGAGUUUUGUACCGAGCAUUUAUCUGAUGUUAGUACAGUUGGAGUGCCUUCAAGCCAAAAGAUGGGAGUUUCAAAGCCAUUAUCAGGUUGCACAGUGAGCGUAGUUGAUCGGGACCUGUUGAACCAAGCACAUCUAUAUGUCUUGGAGAAUACGGAGGAAGCCCUACCUUAUAUCGAGCAACAUAUGAUCCACAUCAAGACCGCUUAUCCAAAAUUUAGAAAGAGAACAAAGUGGCUGCAGGAUAAGCACAAUAGCACUUUCUUCAAUGGCUCGCUUCAAGGUGAUGUGAGAAUUGAGUGUGAGCCAUUUACUAGGGGGAUGCCAAAUGUUGACACAUUUGAUGAAGUGGUGGGUGAGUUAGGGAGUCAAAAUAUUCGAGAUGGGUGUGAAGAUAUAUGGGUUGAAUGA